ACUAGAGAAAGCCCUCGCACAGAAACGAAGACCCAACACAGCCAUAAAUAAAUAAAUAAAAAUUUAAAAAUCACACCAAUAAUUAAAUAGGUACAAACAGUGCUAAGUGCCCUGGAAUGGGGGGAGGCAGGGAAACCCAGGUUUAGAUGAAUGAGAAUUACAAAGGGGGAGGACAGAAGAAAGAUACAGGAAGGGUUUGGGGGAAUACCUGUCCUUAGGUGGAGGUCACAGGAGGAGACUCGUGAAUUUGAUUUAGGAUGUGUUGAGUUUUAGGGCCUGAGGCACAUCCAGUCUGGAAAAAGGUGGAAAUAUGGAGAAUCUGGGACUCUGGCACCAGGGCUGGGUUGAAGACAGAGGAUACUAAUCACUAAGGAACAGGCUGUGGUUAAACCACAAACAGGGGUAGGCCUCCCCCAAAGAAAGCUACAGAAUGUGAAGCCCGGCAGGCAGAGGAGGAGAAGGGAGGAAAGAAGAAAGUGAUAGGGGUGGUGGUGUCUGCCACCUUGUACCUCCAGCACACAAAACAGGGCUUAGCACAGAAUAGGUGCUCAGUACUUGUCCGCAGGAGGCGGGCCGAGUGAAUGAACGACCCUCUCAGGGCAGCCUUGGUUAAGUCCCUUCCCCUUGGGACCCUCGUUUCCCCUGUAGAAUGGCAGUAGCUGCCACUGUCAGGCGGGCUCAGUCCGCCUUCCGCGCACGCAGGGCCAGCUGGGCGUCGGCGGGCUGCGCCAGUGUCCGCUGGAGGGCGAAAGCACGCCGGGCUGCGGAGAGCGGUGGCCUCACCUCCUCCGCGAUCGCUGGAGAGUGCCCGGGAUGCGCUGGGUGGGAGAGGGCGCGCUGGGGACGAGUCCUGUGCCCAGAGCAGCGCGGACACUGCAGGGAAGCUGAGGUUGGGGUGGGGGGCGGGAGGGGAGGCCCGCGGAGCAGACGGCGCUGGGCGCGCGGUGGGUCCCUGCGGGAGACCCCUCCAGGGUGAGAGUGGGAGGGGCAGGAGUAACCAGGUGAAAAGGAGGGAGAGGUUGGGGAGACGGAUCCGAAAGACUCAGAAACCGCUAGGGACUUUCACCUGGGACCCCGGCAGGGCCCAGGAAGGGCAGGUGCGGAUGCAGGGGGGCGCCGUACGCCUAAGCCAGCAGACUGAAUGACCAGUCACUCCCGCUUGGCCGUCCGCGGGAGCCUGUCUAGGGCACCGCAGAAAAGUCUCGGAGAGCCAGGAGGUGCCAGGGCCCAGACCACUCCUGGAGGGCCCGCCAGAAGCGCUGGAGUCCGUGGGCGCCGCCCGCCUCCGCCCAGAGGCAGAGUUGGGGGCAGGCUUGUCCCACCGACCCCGCGGGAUUGGCCCCGCCCCGGGGCCGCGGGGAGGCCCCACCAUGGGAGGCGGAGUUCCCGCCGCCCCCUCCAACCCCCUGGACUGCGGCCGCUUCUUAAGCCCGUGAAGCUACUGGCUGCCCCUCUCUCGCCUCUCCCGCCAGACUCCCUCUCCGCGAUGGCCUCCGCACUGAGCUAUGUCUCCAAGUUCAAGUCCUUCGUGAUCUUGUUCGUCACCCCGAUUCUGCUGCUGCCACUCAUCAUUCUGAUGCCCGCCAAGUUUGUCAGGUGUGCCUAUGUCAUCAUCCUCAUGGCGAUUUACUGGUGCACAGAAGUCAUCCCUCUGGCUGUCACUGCCCUCAUGCCUGCCUUGUUUUUCCCGCUCUUCAAAAUUCUGGACUCCAAACAGGUGUGCGUCCAGUACAUGAAGGACACCAACAUGCUGUUCCUGGGUGGCCUCAUCGUGGCUGUGGCCGUGGAGCACUGGAACCUGCAUAAGAGGAUCGCCCUGCGCACGCUCCUCUGGGUGGGGGCCAAGCCUGCCCAGCUGAUGCUGGGCUUCAUGGGCGUCACGGCCUUUCUCUCCAUGUGGAUCAGCAACACGGCCACCACGGCCAUGAUGGUGCCCCUUGUGGAGGCCGUGCUGCGGCAGAUGGAGGCCAUGAGCGCAGCCACCGAGGCCAGCCUCGGGGCUCUGGAGCUGGCAGACAAGGGCAAGGCCGGCGAGCUGCCAGGGAGCCAAGAGAAUUUUGAAGGUCCCUCCAUGAGGCAGCGGGAGGUCGACAGGAAGAACAUAUGCAAGGCCAUGACCCUGUGCGUGUGCUACGCAGCCAGCAUCGGAGGCACUGCCACCCUGACCGGCACGGGACCCAACGUGGUGCUCCUGGGACAGAUGCAAGAAUUGUUUCCUGACAGCAAAGACGUCGUGAACUUCGCCUCUUGGUUUGGAUUUGCCUUCCCUAAUAUGCUGAUCAUGCUGCUGCUCUCCUGGCUGUGGCUCCGGUGUACUUAUAUGAGAUUCAAUAUUAAAGAGUCCUGGGGCUGCGGGCUGGAGAAGAAGAGUGAGGAGAAGGCUGCCCACGAGGUGCUGUGGGCGGAGUACAGGAAGCUGGGGCCCCUCUCCUUCGCUGAGGUCAACGUCCUACUCUGCUUCUUCCUGCUGGUCGGCCUGUGGUUCUCCCGGGACCCCGGCUUCAUGCCCGGCUGGCUGUCAAUCACCUGGGUGGAGGGCAAGACAAAGUAUGCCUCCGAUGCCACAGUGGCCAUCUUUGUGGCCAUCUUGCUAUUCAUUGUGCCUUCACAGAAGCCCAAGUUCAACUUCUGCAGCCAGACUGAGGAAGAAAUGAAAACACCAUUUUAUCCACCUCCGCUGCUGAAUUGGAAGGUGGCCCAGGAGAAAGUACCCUGGGGCAUCGUGCUGCUCCUGGGGGGUGGCUUUGCUCUGGCUAAAGGAUGCGAGGCCUCGGGGCUGUCAGAAUGGAUGGGGAAGCAGAUGGAGCCCUUGCAUGCUGUGUCCCCAGCAGCCAUCACCUUGAUCUUGUCCACACUCAUUGCUGUGCUCACAGAAUGCACAAGCAACGUGGCUACCACCACCCUGUUCCUGCCCAUCUUUGCCUCCAUGUCACGUUCCAUUGGCCUCAACCCGCUGUACAUCAUGAUCCCCUGUACCCUGACUUCAUCCUUUGCCUUCAUGUUGCCUGUGGCCACCCCACCUAAUGCCAUCGUGUUUUCCUAUGGACACCUCAAGGUUUCCGACAUGAUGAAAACAGGACUAAUAAUGAACGUCAUUGGAAUCACCUGUGUAUUUUUGGCCGUCAACACCUGGGGACGGGUCAUAUUUGACUUGGACAGUUUCCCUGACUGGGCUAAUGUGACAGCACAUUGAGACUUAGAAAGAGCCGCAAGACCACGCCCAAGGCCCCUGCCCUCCUGAGGACACCCGAACCUUCCAGUAAAACUCAUAGCAGAGCUUUGGGGUUCAUGCCCCAAGGUGACCCCAUGAUGCCCACACCCCACGGAGACCCAGCCAACGGGCCACCUCUUCCUCCAAGCCUGGGGUCUCAGCUGGGGAUGGGUGUCUGGAGGACAGGCUCGGAAGUGAAGGGAGCCUCCCAUAAGGCUGCUGGCGCCCAUCUUUCCUGGGGGCCUGCCAUCAUCUCUGGGACAGGCAGGGUCCCACCCCCACUAAGCCUCGAGCUGGCCCCAUGGCUGGGCUCUGGUGUUCUCUCGUCAUCCAAAUGGCAACCAGAUCCCAGCUCUGGAGGUGAGAAAACAACCUUCCAGAGCCUGUGUCUCUCCCAGCUUACCUCGGGCUGCCUCAGAUCCCUCCUGUCACUCGGAAGGGACAACCCAGCCUGGGGACAAAAUGUCUGGUCCUGGGAAGCUUUCCACUGCUGGAGCGAGUGGGAAUCAGAGCCUCCUGGGACCACCAGGAGUAUGGUGCCACCCCCAAAGGAUGAGGAAUUUGAGUCGAUAACUUCCGGACGACACCACCUGCAGCACCCCACUGACAGUUCACUGCUCCAUUUGAACUGACAGUUUGGACCCCCUUCCCAGCUCUGUGGGGCACCUCCUUCAGCUCCUAGGCCCCUCUAAUGUCUGGCCGACAUUUGCUGGAAUCCGCCCCUUUUGUCCCAGGCAGGUCAGUUUGGCUCUUCCGGGAGAUGCUUUUCCUGCCCCACGACAGCUGGGAUCACACUCCAAGUAUGGGCAGUGAUGGCCUCCUUUGGGGCCACAGGCGGAGGUCUAGGUCCUCCCUCACCUGCAGACCCAGAGGGAAUACCUGUUAACCGCCAAAAGCAGGGUUCCUUUAGGGUUUGUCUGUCAUGCCAGAGUUUGGGCACCUCUGGGGAAAGCCUCCCUCUGCUGACUGGUCUUGGCAGUCUAGCCUGCUGCUGACAGAGCAUCGUUGAGAACAAGCAGUGCCCGGCGGUCCCUAAGCAGACAGCCCCUGCCCAUGAGUGAAUCUCCCUGAAGCUGCUAGACAGACUCCAGAGUGGUCUGGGAACCCUCAGAACAACCUGUGAGAGACACAUGAGAGAAUCCUAUCCUCCUACCACCAACCCAAUUUCCCUUCCUUCUUGUGCUGCUCCAUUGAUGGUAUUUUUCAGAGCAGGAGAAAGUAUGGGAACCCAAGGAACCCCCAUGCCCCACCCGAGGACCAAGCAUACGCCAUCUGGUUCCUGGGUGGGACGAUGUCUGAGCGCCCAGUCUGUCUCCCACGGAAGGUGCACGGCGCUGUCUCUGGCUUUCUGCUGUGUGUAGGGUGGGGGUGGGCAGGCAGGUGGAUGAAUGAACACUUACUGCCCACCUCCAGUGUGCCAGGCCUCCCCGGCCCUGGUGCAUCAGACAGUUAUCUCAUUCAGUCUUUGCAGCAGCCUGUGAGAUAGGCAGACAUUAUUAACCUCCUCUGUCUUUCAUUAAUACUGGGGCUCAGAGAGGCCAGGCCAUGUCCAAAGUCACACAUCAAGUUAGUGGUGGCUAAGGUUCCAAUAUGGAUCUUCUGCUGCCAUGUCCACUGCUGCUUCCUCUAGCCAUUAAGGGCCUUGGCCUUACAGGGACGGUAGGGAAAGGUGGGUGGCCAAGAGCACAUCUACCCCAAGGCCCUGCCUGCUCAGGGAUCAUUCACAAGAGCCCUUUCUGCUGCCUCCUCUGCGAUGGGCUUAGGUCAGUCCAGGAACAGACAGGGCUGGUCUUUGCCCAGAGAAAUAAAGCCUUUGGUUGGAGAGAGCAGUAUGGAAAUGGCUACCUGCUCCCCUGCCAAGAUAAAACCGACCCACCCCUCUAUCACUACUCCCUACACUGCCGCUGUUGAUGUGUCUGCCCCACCAGUGAGGGCUCCCAAGGACUUGCACUCCCUGCUGGGUCCAGUGCUAGCCCUAUGGCUAAUCCACAGCACACCACCACAAGUGUGACUGGUAAAUUAAUGAUUGAUCAGUGUUGUCAAUCAGAUGUAUGCCUGGUGGUAGUGAGCAAGGUCAGUGAAGGUCAUCCAACGUGGGCAAUGAAGGAUGAGUAGGACUGGCCAGGCUGAUGGGGGAGGAUGUCGUGGGGUGGGUGGAAGGGUGGGGGGAUUCCAUCUGGUUGAGGAAUGACAAGAAAGCUGGGCGGGGGUUCAGGAGACCAGAUCCGAAGGUUGAGGAGGCUGACCAAAGGCUGUUUCUAAACAGCGUCUUUUGAAGUUGGCUGGAGCUGCACUAACAUUUAUGGCCAGUGCAGAUCAGGAUUGCUUUCGGCUGCAAGUAGGAGAAAACCUAGCUAACAGCGGCUUAAAUCAUAAGGGCAUUUAAUAUCUACUUAACAAGAAGUCUGGAGGUAGACGGUUGCUGGCACUGGUCCAGCAGCUAUCUCGGGCCACCGAAGACUUGGGAUUGAUCGCCCACUUGGCUAUCUUAAGGGUGCUAUGCCUUUGCUGUCAUGCUUGACCCUCAUUAUACACAUCUGCAUUGAAGGCAGGAAGGAAGGUGUGCGAGAUGGGGGCAUGAUGGCGCCUACUGCAUCUUUCCCUUUCAUUAGAAAAGCAAAAGCUCUCUCAAAAGGCCCUACAAUCUUCCCUUUAUGUCUUGUUGGCCAGAACUAGAUCAUAUGCCCACCCUUAGGCCAAUCACUGACAAAGGGGAAUUGGAAUACCAUGAGACCAAUUAGGACUCAUUUCUUGGGCUUGGGAAAUUGGCCUAUGUUUCCUGAAAUCAAGAGGUUUUCACCUACUACAAAAUAUGGCUUCCAGCAGGGGAAGAAAAGGGGGAGCGGCUGGGUAGGUGAUGAACCAGGGUCUGCUAUUAUGACCCUGUCAGAGGGCUGCCCUCACUCCAGGCUACUUGAGUGGCUCCCUUUCCAUGGAAUUCAGUAGAAACACAUUCCUAGGUAGGAAGAGAGUAUGUGUUUGGUCAAGG